UCUCCGGAUGUCCCUUGGCACACCGUUCCAGGAGGUUCCAAAGCGAGCAGCAGACGGUCCAUCGCUCAAAAUAUGACACAAACUCAACUUUCACACGGUCUGGGUUCCGUUGCUACCACGACAAGUAUAGACCUUCGGUCGACCCGUAAUACCCAGCAUUCCAUGCGUCUCCUCGGGACCACCAUUGCACUUGUUGAUGUUCUUACCCAAAGGAACGAAUUUAAGAAAAUGCCAAUCAUCAAGUCAAAGCAAUAUUUUGUUAUGCUGGCACAAUUGCCUGCCCUACGAAUGUAUUCACACAAGGAUCAUUUAUUUGAUACCGUUUUCCUGGCAAAGCUGGAUAGCGGACUCGAGCCCGACUGUGUUCUACACUUUUCGAGAGGUCUUGGCGAUUCACCUACUUUCAAUAUGACCUGGUCUCCUUCGGUCCUUUAA